UUUUCCCCCUCCCGGCUGCUCCCUUCUUCUUCUGUCGUGCGACUCGGGAGGAAUGUGCUCCCCGCGCUGCUUCCUUGGCUCCUCUUGAGAGGAGCACGCGUGCUUCCCAGAGAGGUCGGACGGACUCGCCUUCCGGGCCUGACCUCUCCCCCCCCAACCCCCCCUCCCAUGGAGUGAGUCCCGGCUGGUCGGUGCGCCCCGGUGACUCGGGGCGGAAUGAAGUUUCGGGCGAAAGAGUCCUAGUUGCGAAGAGGAAAGCGAGAGUCAAAGGGACAGCGGAGAGGGGGAGAGAGAGAGAGGUAGGUGGGGGUUUGAGCAGGAACAGAAGGAGCUAAAUUUAUCUGUGCCCCCCGCGAGCGAGAACAGAUGAAGAAGUGGCACCGGGGGUCCGUAGGUGAGCAGCGACAGCGUGGCAUUUGCUCCCUCAACCUGCGGCUGAGGAGGGGGCGCGUCUUCCUCUGCACCCCAUGGAUCUUAACUCCAACCCAGGGGGAGACAGAGAGCGGAUGACAGCCAACCAUGAGACCUACCUUCUUAUGGCCAGCACCCAGAAUGACAUGGAGGAUUGGGUGAAGACAAUCCGCAGGGUCAUCUGGGCACCUUUUGGUGGAGGGAUUUUCGGCCAGAAGUUGGAGGAAACCGUGCGCUAUGAGCGCAGGUUUGGGAGCAAGUUGGCCCCGAUGCUGGUAGAGCAGUGUGCCGACUUCAUCCGGCAGUGGGGCCUCAGGGAGGAGGGUCUGUUCAGGCUGCCCGGACAGGCCAACCUGGUCAAAGAGCUGCAGGAUGCUUUUGACUGUGGGGAAAAACCCUCUUUCGACUGUAACACGGACGUGCACACAGUCGCCUCCCUACUGAAGCUGUAUCUCAGGGAGCUGCCGGAGCCGGUCGUCCCCUUCCACAAGUACGACGACUUUCUGGCCUGCACCAAGCUCCUCGGCAAAGAUGAUGAAAUGGGUUUGCAGGAGUUGCAACAGCUUGUGAACAAUUUACCUCCAGUGAACUUCAACCUCCUCAAGUAUAUCUGCAGAUUUCUCGAUGAAGUGCAGUCAUAUUCGGGAGUGAAUAAAAUGAGCGUCCAAAACUUGGCCACGGUCUUCGGGCCGAACAUCCUGAGGCCGAAGGUCGAGGACCCGGUCGCCAUGAUGGAAGGCGCCGUUCUGGUGCAGCAGCUCAUGGCGGUUUUGAUCGGCCGCCACGACGCGCUCUUCCCUCCCGGCGAGGACGGCGGCCCCCCCGCGGCCCUCGAGCUCGUCAACAACAACAACGUGGAGCUGCGGCGCCGCCAAGCCGCCGCCUCCGUCAGCGCCGCGCUGUCUCAAAACGCCGAGAACAACAACGCGCCGGCGGUGAGGCAGUGCGCGUGGGAGGCGCCGCCCGAGUCGCCCUCGCACCGCCGGCCCGUGGACAACGGCGGCUCGCCGCGAUCAGCGAGCCCCUGCGGCGGCGUCGAAUGGCUGUUCGACGCCGCCCGCAGUCCACCGCUGACCAUCAAGAAGAACCCGGCGUUCGGCAAAGGCAGCGGCAUCGUGACCAACGGCUCCUUCAGCUCCUCGCCCUCCUCCGACCCCGGCCAGGAGAAGAGCCCGCCCCCGACCGGCGCCAGGGGCCUGCCCGUGCGGCGCGCGGGGGCGCUCAAAGGCUCCGGCACGAAAAUGGGCACCGGCGGCGCGGCGAGCGGAAGCUGCCCCGGGGGGAACGGGACCGGAGGGGCGCGCACGGGCGUCUCCGGCACCGACGGGGUCACGGGCCGCAACGGCCUCUGGGCGCCGAACGGCUGCGUGACGCUGCGCGAGAACGGCAAGGCGCGCGACCGCCCCCGCGGGGACCAAACGUCCAACCAGAACCGCCUGUCGACGUACGACAACGUCCAGUUGAACCAUCAGAACCUGCAGCAGCAGCAGCAGCACCACGCCGCCAUCACGUGUCUCAGCAGCGGCCACGAGGACAAGCAGAGCGUGGACAGCGCCACCUGGUCCACCUCCUCCUGCGAGAUCUCUCUUCCCGACAACUCCACCUCCUGCCGCUCCUCCACCACCACCUGCCCCGAGCAGGACUUCUACGGAGGCCACUACGAAGACCCGGACGGGCCCGGACAGGCGCGGGACAACGAGCGGGCCCCGCCCGGCGGCUGCGGAGAGCCGGGGGGCCGGGGAGGGAGCGGAGGCGCAGGCGGAGGAGGGCGGAGCAGCCAGGGGACCAGCAGCAGCAGCAGCAACGACAGCGACGGUGGUGGUGGCGGCGCCGCGGGCAACGGCGCCGGCAGCCACCGCGCGCUGCACAGCCUGGUGGCCAGCCUCAAGCAGGAGAUGCACAAGCAGAAGACGGAGUACGAGGCCCGGAUAAAGAGCUUGGAGCAGCGUAACCUGGACCUGGAAACGGAGAUGGCGGGCCUCCACGAGGAGAUGGACCAGGAGAGGAAGAAGUACACCAUGGCGGAGAUCAAGCUGCGCAACGCCGAGCGCGCCAAGGACGACGCCGAGCGGCGGAACGGGAUGCUGCAGAAGGAGAUGGAGCAGUUCUUCUCCACGUUCAGUGACCUCACGGCGGCUGGCAACCCUGCCGCCGCCGCCGACCCCCGCCGACCGGACCGCAACAACAGCAUCUGGAUACAGUGAAGGAAAGGAGAGGGAGGGGGGGGGGUGUGCUAGCGUGAGGUGGGAGGUCGGGAAGUUGUGUCGUAGAGGUUGAAGGCAAGUUUUGAUUGAAGGCACCCUGUGUACAUGCAGACAUCACCUGGAGUGAUGCCCGACGGACAUCUGUAAAUACGGCAUUAUUUAAAGCUCACCAUCGACUGUGAUGACACAAGUCACUAUUUUUUAGUUUGCUUUAAUUCACCGAGCCGUGCAGGACGAAAAAAUGUAGUGCUCGGCAAAAACACGAAAACGCAUUUAGACCGUGCAAAACGCCUUCAUAUCAUCAUUUGCAAAUGUAACCAAAAACAUCUUCUUGUUCUCAGUUAUUGUGUAUUUGCUCAUGUACGUAGAGGGAAACAUUGUCCAAAAAAACAAAUGUAUGUAAAAAAGAAAUGAAUAGUAAUAAGACGUUUCUCUGUAUUUAAGCAACGUUAAUAGGUUGUGAUUAUUUUAUAUUAAGAUUUCUCCUUGCACUUACGUGUUUGUUAAGUCUCCGCGAGGUGGUACUGAAUGUUCUGUCAAGGUCAAUUAUGUGUACGAUUUAAAUUGGAAAAUAUCCUGUAAAUGUGCCUGUGCUUCUGUGCUGUUUGAUUAACCCCGUGACCAAAAGAAGAGCCUGCACUGUACGUUCUUCAUAGAGGAUCGUAGACGCUACUCGUUAGUCCGCACUGUGGUUUGUCGCAUAUUGCAGAUUAAGCAAUCUUGAGUUGGUACUGAUUUAGGAAUGUUUUUAUCGCUUGUUGGCACAAAACACCAGAAAAAAACUUCUUUUGAGUUUGUUCCAAAUUCAAAAGAAAUGCCAUCAAAUUGACCCGCUCUUUAUUAACAGAUGUGUAGCAGCUCCCUUUUUUUUUCUUCUUUUUUUUUUAAUGCUCUUGGGAAAACAAACUUCACGUUCUACCUCUGAGCUUACGAGAUUUACGUUAUUCAACAAAACAAAAAAAAUCUCACAUUGCCUCAUUGGUUUUCAGCCUCCGAUAGCACAGAACACACGAGCGCGCAGUAACACAGCGCCAGCUCACGGUCGUGUUAGUGCGACUCAUAACUGUGAAUAAAAAAAAAAUAAGAUUACAGCAUCAAGGUGCGUGUGCAUGGUGGCGCUUGAGUCCACGCGUACAACACGUCUGUAACGCAUGUUUGUUGGAAGUCUUUAGUAUGAGUGUAUUUAUGUAGCUUUAAUGCCAAAGGCACACAUGUGGAUUUGCUGAUGGGUACGAAUCAGUGCCCCCCCCCCCCCCCCCCCGAGCUGGAUUCCUCUCAAAAGAAAGCUGCUGCCGGGUCCCGUUUGAAAACCUGCUGCUGGCCAAUGCAGGACAUCUGGAAUGUGCACACGGAGAGAGAGGAUGGGAGGCAGGGGAGGCCCCCCCCCCCGCCCCCCCCGGGAAAUAACAAUGGGCAGAAGCCGAGCGGACAGCGGCACCUCGUUCUGUGAGUUCAACACAGGAGGAGGAGCAUACCGGGGGACACGGCACAGGAGGGAGAGGAGGACUGGUGGGCUAGUGGAAUAUUUUCAUGACGUACUUGAUAUACAAAAGACCUGAUUGUGAAUUUGAAAAAAAAGUCUCCGUGUUUUUUUAUUUACUUUUGGAGUGUAACUUUUUGCGUUCAACAGGUGUGGAGAAGAGGCAGAAUUCAGUGUUUUCUAAUAUGAAUGUCUGGUUUAUUAAUGCACAUUUUACAAAGCAACAGAUGAACGUGAAACCAUUGUUGACUUUGACCGUGAUCACACAAGCAAGCUGGAAAGAUAUGUAAAUAUGUCAAACAAAUCUAUGGAUCUCUAUCACAAUAAAGUCCUCCGUCGUGAACAUUAUGGGGGGGGAAGGGUCGGUGCAGCCGACUAUUGUUUAUUCUGAUGAGAAGUGGCUAAUUAGUGUGUUUAGGUGGGACCUUUUGGACAAAUGUUUUAUGUAUAAAAAAAACCACAUAUGAAUCCACACUUUUUUUUCCAGGAAAAAAAAACCCAUUUGUACAAGUCCAAGAUCAAAGAUUUUGUUUAUUUUCAAUCACAUACAUAUACUAUUUUUUACAUACACAGUUCCUUUAAAAUGUUGUGUUUACAGUAACAGCUUUCAGUAUUUUUUUUCUUUUUCUUUUGCAUUUGUUUUUGACUUUAUUUGAAACGCUUUCAGCCUGAAGCUUUGAGAUCAGCGUGAAACAGAUAUAAUUUAUUUUCUCUUUUUUUUUUUCAACCUGACAAUUUCCAAAGAAUGUUUCAUUAAAACAGCACGGAGUAAAAGAAACAAGAGAA